CUGCUGCCGCCGCUGCCGCCGCAGCCCCGGUUGGGAUUUCAAAGAUUAAAAACUACCGGUGGAGAGGGCGACGGCGUUGAAUGUGUGGCGGAAGCGUUGGGGGCCACGGCUCGGCGCGGGGCCGGGCAGCCGGCGGCGUCUCCACACCAUGAAUUACCCGGGCCGCGGGUCUCCGCGGAGCCCUGAGCAUAACGGCCGGGGCGGCGGCGGCGCAGCCUGGGAGCUGGGCUCGGAUGCGGAUCCGGCGUUCGGCGGCGGCGUGUACUGCUUCGACCGUAUGCCCGGCGGGGACCCGGGCGACAGCGAGGUGCCCCUGGCCCUGCUGCGCGGAGAGCCCGGGCUGCACUUGGCGCCGGGCGCGGAGGACCACAACCACCACCUGACGCUCGAUUCCUGCCUCAGUGACGAGACCUAUGACUUCAGCUCCGCGGAGUCCGGUUCCUCGCUGCGCUACUACAGCGAAGGCGAGAGUGGCGGCGGCGGCAGCUCCUUGUCGCUACACCCGCCGCCCCAGACGCCGCUGGUCCCGUCGAGCACCGGGGGCAGCGGGGCGGCGGGAGGAGGGCUCGGGGAGAGGAAGCGCACCCGGCCUGGCGGCGCGGCCGCCCGGCACCGCUACGAGGUGGUGACGGAGCUGGGCCCGGAGGAGGUUCGCUGGUUUUACAAGGAGGACAAGAAGACCUGGAAGCCCUUCAUCGGCUACGACUCGCUCCGCAUCGAGCUCGCCUUCCGAACUCUGCUGCAGGCCACGGGUGGCCGGCCCCCGGCUGGGGACCCGGACGGCGACCAUGUGUGCGGCCCAGCCUCCAACCCCGGGGGAGACGAAGAUGAGGACCGCGUCUGCGGCUUCUGCCCGCGCGGCGCGGGGCACGAGCCGGAGAUGGAGGAGCUGGUGAACAUCGAGCGGGUGUGUGUGCGGGGCGGCCUCUACGAGGUGGAUGUGACCCAAGGAGAGUGCUACCCGGUGUACUGGAACCGUGCCCUUAUCUUUUGGAUUUUGGAGGAACCUAAGGACAUAGUAUCUACAUUCAAGGAUCCCAUGGAACUGAGGAAGGCUAAGCAGUUAGAAUACGAGACUGAUAAAAUACCAGUAAUGCGUGGACAGUGGUUUAUUGAUGGUACUUGGCAACCUCUAGAAGAAGAAGAAAGUAAUUUAAUUGAGCAGGAACAUCUCAGCUGUUUUAGAGGUCAGCGGAUGCAGGAAAAUUUUGAUAUUGAAGUGUCAAAAUCCAUAGAUGGAAAAGAUGGCAGUGGGAUCAGCUAUUCUGUUGUCUACCACCUCCCUCCCUUCUCCCUCCCUUCUCUGUUCAAAUGGAGAGGAUGUAAGGAGAGUACAGAAGCGGCAGGUCUUAAGCGAAAGCGUUCUCAAGCUAUUCAUAGUUUCAAGUUGAGUCGAAAUCACGUGGACUGGCACAGUGUGGAUGAAGUGUAUCUUUACAGUGAUGCAACAACUUCUAAAAUUGCAAGGACAGUCACCCAAAAACUGGGAUUCUCUAAAGCGUCAAGCAGUGGGACGAGACUUCAUAGAGGUUAUGUAGAAGAAGCCACAUUAGAAGACAAGCCAUCACAGACUACCCAUAUUGUAUUUGUUGUGCACGGCAUUGGGCAGAAAAUGGACCAAGGAAGAAUUAUCAAAAAUACAGCCAUGAUGAGAGAAGCUGCAAGAAAAAUAGAAGAAAGGCAUUUUUCCAACCAUGCAACACAUGUUGAAUUUCUGCCUGUUGAGUGGCGGUCAAAACUUACUCUUGAUGGAGACACUGUUGACUCCAUCACUCCUGACAAAGUACGAGGUUUAAGGGAUAUGUUGAACAGCAGUGCAAUGGACAUAAUGUAUUACACUAGCCCACUUUAUAGAGAUGAACUAGUUAAAGGCCUUCAGCAAGAGCUGAACCGAUUAUAUUCCCUUUUCUGUUCUCGGAAUCCAGACUUUGAAGAAAAAGGGGGUAAAGUCUCAAUAGUGUCACAUUCCUUGGGUUGUGUAAUCACUUAUGACAUAAUGACUGGCUGGAAUCCAGUUCGACUCUAUGAACAGUUGCUACAGAAGGAAGAGGAGUUGCCUGAUGAACGAUGGAUGAGCUAUGAAGAACGACAUCUGCUGGAUGAACUCUACAUAACAAAGCGACGGCUGAGAGAAAUAGAGGAACGGCUGCAUGGAUUGAAGGCCUCGUCCAUGACACAAACACCUGCCUUAAAAUUUAAGGUUGAGAAUUUCUUCUGCAUGGGAUCCCCACUAGCAGUUUUCUUGGCAUUGCGUGGCAUCCGUCCAGGAAACACUGGAAGUCAAGACCAUAUUUUGCCCAAAGAGAUUUGUAAUCGGUUACUGAAUAUUUUUCAUCCAACAGAUCCAGUGGCUUAUAGAUUAGAACCAUUAAUACUGAAACACUACAGCAACAUUUCACCUGUCCAGAUCCACUGGUAUAAUACUUCCAAUCCUCUACCUUAUGAGCAUAUGAAGCCAAGCUUUCUCCACCCAGCAAAAGAACCUACCUCACUUUCAGAGAAUGAAGGCAUUUCAACAAUACCAAGCCCUGUGACCUCACCAGUCUUGUCCCGUCGACACUAUGGGGAAUCUAUAACAAACAUAGGCAAAGCAAGCAUAUUAGGGGCUGCUAGCAUUGGAAAGGGCCUUGGAGGAAUGUUGUUCUCAAGAUUUGGACGUUCAUCUACAUCACAGCCAUCUGAGACAUCCAAAGACUCCAUAGAAGACGAGAAGAAGUCAGUGGGCUCGCUUCCCACAACCACUGUGGCAACACAGACCCUUCCACAUAGCAGUUCUGGCUUUCUGGAUUCUGCAUUGGAAUUGGAUCACAGAAUUGACUUUGAACUCCGAGAAGGCCUUGUGGAAAGCCGCUACUGGUCAGCUGUCACAUCUCACACCGCCUAUUGGUCAUCCUUGGAUGUUGCCCUCUUUCUUUUAACCUUCAUGUACAAACAUGAGCACGAUAAUAAUGCAAAACCCAAUUUAGAUCCAAUCUGAACUCUUCAAGGACACUAAUGGCCCAAAACUGAUUUCUUCUGUUAAAAUAUGUGUGUCAAGAUAUGAUGGAGAUUUCAGAUUUAAGUGUGUUUUAGUUUUGUUUAGGGCAAGAAAUAUUUGAACUUAAAAGCACUUUAUUUAAAAAACAAAUAUUUUUUCAGUCUGAAAGAAGUCAUUUACACUUUUCAUCAUUUUAAUUAUGAGUCUGACACAGCCCCCUGCAGAGAAUCAAGCAAGACCUGGAAUUGAGUUUGGUUGAACUACAAUGUUAUAAAUCACAAUCUAAUUUCUCCCAAAUAUAAAGGCAUAUUAAUGAGUUGAAUCUAACGUAUUAACCAAAGUAUGUUGUAAAUCUAAAACAGUCACGGUCCAGUGUCGUCUACGUAAAGAUCACGAGGUGGUAUCACUGUUGUCGAUUUCUAUGAAAGCUUCUAUUUCCACAGUUCCUUUGAAAGGAGAGGAUGACAGAUUUUAAGGUGUUUUUGAAUUUAACUUGCGUAGAAAAACUAAUGCUAAAAAAAACCCAAUAUUUGAACUACUGUAUUUAUAAUUUAUUACCUCUAACUGCUUUAUUUCAAUACGUGAAACAUUACAUUUUUAAAAUGUCUCCUUUGAACAAUUUAAGAACCACAUUUCUUUUCUAUAGCGUUAAGACCGUUUUUUCCCAAAAUUCCAUCUUUGUACUCUUCAGAUGAAUAUAUAGACACUGUGGCAUACUUUCAGUAUUUUUUUUUCAUUAAAAACUUGUGGUUUCACAUAAAUAACACUAGUUCCAUUAUUUUGGUAAAAAUAUGAACUUUUUGUUAUGUCACAUGUACCUCAGAGAAAGCUAAAGUUUUCUAAAUUUGACAAAGUACUCCACCAUGACUAUAUUUCAUUAACCUUAAGGGAAAAUUAGUAAACAACUUUGGAGUGGUGAAUACUACAACCAUUUUAAAUAUAUAAACAUCUUUGUGCCAAACAAUUAACGUGUAUAAAGGGGUAGAGUGCGACUCGCGGCUUUUACUUGUGAAGUGUUUAAGAAAACAUGGUUGAGACACACACCAGGCACAACAGACCAGGACUCUGAGGCCCUGGAAGAGUUUUCCUCCGCUGUGAGUGUCUCCACAGUGGUUUUCAUCUGAGGGGCUCAAAGUGCUUUAAGCUUCAGUCAUCUGUGUAGUGCUCCUUGAGGUAAGUAAAUGAUUAUUUUCCUCCUCUUUCGUGCUAAUACACUAAGGCACCAAAACAUUUUAAAGUGCCUUGAAUUAGGUUACAAAGCGAAUAGAAGAGCUCAGAGUGAAACUAGACUGUAUUCUUUUAUAUGCUGUUCAGUGACUAGUAACUCCCAUGUGACUUCCUAGUAGUUUGCAGACAGUAAUAAUGACAACACAAGUUGCAGUACGUAAUUUGGAGAAAAGACUGUGAAGCCAAUAUUUUGCCCUAUUUGUUGUGUAUGUUCUGUGGUUCUCACAUACGAAGGAGGAGUCACUUAGAGGGGACCAGUAGCCAUCUCUACCCCAAGCAGCCCUCACUUCUGAGUGGCUUCCACUAGGUUCCACGUAAGGUGCUGUCUUUGCUUAUCUUCCAAGGAUCUUUCUUAGCUACCCAAUAAUUGUUGUCAGACUGAGAGCAAAGUUGGUCAGUUGUGCAUCUCACCCACUCCUUUCUUUAUAAAAAGUCGUGGAAUCUGUGGACUUACCUGUAGGUUUUCCUGACCACCAUCAGUCCCUUGUCCUGGGCUUUCAUUGAAUUUACACAACAUAAAGCAUUUUGUUUUAGUGCUUAAAAAGAGCCCAAGCCCCCUGACCAAAUAUGUUACUCUUGCUAUAAAAGGCUUCUGAUGAGAUCUUAGCAAAGCUGAAGCAAUCUUUUUUGAAUUUAGAGGCUCCUGUGAACUCAGGUCACUUUCAUACCCUGUUUUAUCUCAUAUGUCUAACUUAGUUCUCAGGAAAAUUAAACUCCUGUCUCAUAUGACUGUAUCAUUAAGGGUACUUUCAGCAUACGUUGCUGUAGUUGGUGUGACACUCAAAUGUCUAAGUUUUAAGGGAUUCAUUUUUAGCCACUACAAUGUGAAGAGUCCUUUUUCCUGGGGAGAGUAAGUCUAUCAAAGCUUUUAAUUUGAUAUGGAGAAAAAAGAAAAACAUAUUCCCAUAGCUAUAACAGAUUAUAUGCUUUUAAUUUUUCAUGUUGAGAAAACAAAAUCAAAUUUAACCACUUGGAGAUUAUCUGAGUUCUUGAAAAGAGCAACAUGUAAAACCCCCUUUUCAAAAUUUGCUAUUCUGGAUUACUAAACAGGUGUUUGUUUUCAGUUUCAUCAAUAGAGAAUAGAGAUGGUGAUCUUGAUAGUAAUCUUCUUGUUUCCAUGUCUCUGCAUGUUAUCAUGGAAUGUACUUGUAUAUACACAAGCAAUAUACAGAGUAUGUAUAAUUCCAGCUUGAUUUAGAAGCUCUGUUACUGAGUAACAUUUUGCAACUUUAUUCCAGCAAGUACUAAAUUGGUCAAAAAGUUCUGUUUUUGAUACCAUUAAAAAUUUAUUCUCUA